AAAAAUUGUUUUACUAUAAAUCUUGUUAAUUUUUCAUUAUUGAUAUCACUAUGUUAUUCUAACCCUUUCUUUCCCUCAUUUUUUCUUAAUAUUCAAUCAAUAAUAAUCUUCAUGGGACUCUCAUCAGUUUGUACCUUUUCAUUUCAAACUAAUUACCAUACUUUAUUAAAUCCUCACAAUAAUAAUCCCAAAACCUCAUUAUUAUGUUAUCGACACCCUAAAACACCAAUUAAAUACUCUUACAAUAAUUUUCCCUCUAAACAUUGCUCCACCAAGAGUUUUCAUCUACAAAACAAAUGCUCAGAAUCAUUAUCAAUCGCAAAAAAUUCCAUUAGGGCAGCUACUACAAAUCAAACUGAGCCUCCAGAAUCUGAUAAUCAUUCAGUAGCAACUAAAAUUUUAAACUUUGGGAAGGCAUGUUGGAAACUUCAAAGACCAUAUACAAUCAUAGCAUUUACUUCAUGCGCUUGUGGAUUGUUUGGGAAAGAGUUGUUGCAUAACACAAAUUUAAUAAGUUGGUCUCUCAUGUUCAAGGCAUUCUUUUUUUUGGUGGCUGUAUUAUGCAUUGCUUCUUUUACAACUACCAUCAAUCAGAUUUACGAUCUUCACAUUGACAGAAUAAACAAGCCUGAUCUACCACUAGCUUCAGGGGAAAUAUCAGUAAACACAGCUUGGAUUAUGAGCAUAAUUGUGGCACUGUUUGGAUUGAUAAUAACUAUAAAAAUGAAGGGUGGACCACUCUAUAUAUUUGGCUACUGUUUUGGUAUUUUUGGUGGGAUUGUCUAUUCUGUUCCACCAUUUAGAUGGAAGCAAAAUCCUUCCACUGCAUUUCUUCUCAAUUUCCUGGCCCAUAUUAUUACAAAUUUCACAUUUUAUUAUGCCAGCAGAGCAGCUCUUGGCCUACCAUUUGAGUUGAGGCCUUCUUUUACUUUCCUGCUAGCAUUUAUGAAAUCAAUGGGUUCAGCUUUAGCUUUAAUCAAAGAUGCUUCAGACGUUGAAGGCGACACUAAAUUUGGCAUAUCAACCUUGGCAAGUAAAUAUGGUUCCAGAAACUUGACAUUAUUUUGUUCUGGAAUUGUUCUCCUAUCCUAUGUGGCUGCUAUACUUGCUGGGAUUAUCUGGCCCCAGGCUUUCAACAGUAACGUAAUGUUACUUUCUCAUGCAAUCUUAGCAUUUUGGUUAAUCCUCCAGACUCGAGAUUUUGCGUUAACAAAUUACGACCCGGAAGCAGGCAGAAGAUUUUACGAGUUCAUGUGGAAGCUUUAUUAUGCUGAAUAUUUAGUAUAUGUUUUCAUAUAAUUAAGACACAUUAGGUGUCCAACACAUUAUAUUAUUUAUAGCUAAAUAUUCGUAUAAUUUAGUGGUGGAUCUUACCUAUUUAAAUUUAAAUGUAUGCAUUAUUUGUUUACAGCAAAAAUAAUAUAAUAAUAUAGUGUAAGACACUAAAUUUUAUUUAAAA